AAGUGGAGUCAGGAUCGAAGCGGCUGCAGGCAGUUUUCUUCAUCACGCUCUCCCGCUCGGCCAUCUUCCUUCAGCUCGAAAAGACCGUUCCUGCAGACAUGGCCGACUACUCUAAUGUCGCUCCGCCAUCCUCAAACACCGGUGGAGGGAUGAACGAUGCUUUUAAAGACGCCCUUCAGAGAGCCAGACAAAUAGCUGCCAAAAUAGGAGGUGAUGGAGUAUCCCCCUCUCCAGUUUCCAAUGAGUUUGGUUAUGGAGGACAGAAGAGACCUCUUGAAGAUGGAGAUCAACCAGAAACCAAGAAGGUUCCACCAAGUGAUCCUUUUUCAUCUGUAAUGGGAGGCAUGGGUGGCCCAACAAGGUCUAUAUCAGAAGAGUUCAAGGUUCCAGAUGGCAUGGUUGGCUUCAUUAUUGGAAGGGGAGGAGAACAGAUUUCUAGAAUACAGCAGGAUUCCGGUUGCAAAAUACAGAUUGCUCCUGACAGUGGUGGCAUGCCUGAGAGGUCAGUGACAUUAACAGGCGCACCUGAUUCAAUCCAGGCUGCAAAGAGGUUGCUCUCGGAGAUUGUAGAGAAAGGCAGACCUUCUCCAGCAUUCCACCACAAUGAUGGACCAGGGAUGUCUGUUCAGGAGAUGAUGAUCCCUGCCUCCAAAGCUGGUCUGGUCAUCGGAAAGGGAGGAGAAACAAUCAAACAGUUACAGGAACGUGCUGGAGUCAAAAUGGUCAUGAUUCAAGAUGGACCCCAAAACACAGGUGCUGAUAAACCACUCAGGAUCUCUGGCGAUCCUUUUAAAGUUCAGCAAGCUAAAGACAUGGUGAUGGAUCUAAUCCGAGAUCAGGGUUUCCGGGAACAGAGAGGAGAGUAUGGUUCUCGAGUUGGCGGUGGAGACAGUUUGGAUGUCCCUGUGCCAAGGUUUGCAGUGGGAAUUGUGAUUGGUAGGAAUGGUGAAAUGAUCAAAAAGAUUCAGAAUGACACUGGUGUGAGGAUUCAGUUCAAACCAGAUGAUGGCUCCACACCAGAGAGGAUCGCUCAGAUUAUGGGGCCUCCAGACAGGGCACAGCAUGCAGCAGAUAUCAUAUCUGACCUGCUGCGGAGUGUUGAGGCCGGAGGCCCCCCUGGUCAUGGGGGCAGAGGGAGGGGCCGUGGACAGGGAAACUGGAACAUGGGCCCUCCUGGAGGCUUGCAGGAAUUCACUUUCACUGUGCCUACCAUGAAGACCGGCCUAAUCAUUGGAAAAGGUGGUGAAACCAUUAAGAACAUCAGCCAGCAGUCUGGAGCCAGGAUAGAGUUACAAAGAAACCCUCCACCUAACUCAGACCCUAAUAUAAAGAUCUUCACAGUCCGUGGAUCACCUCAACAGAUUGAUUAUGCCAGACAACUGGUCGAGGAGAAGAUUGGAGGUCCAGUUAGCCCUAUGGGUGGUCCUCCUGGGCCCCAUGGAGGUCCUUCUCAUGGCCCUCCCGGUCCACCAGGACCACCUGCUCCCAUGGGUCCAUACAACCCUGGGCCCUAUGGCCAGGGCCCUCCUGGACCACAUGGUCCCCCGGCACCAUACCAGCCUCAAGGCUGGGGCAACGGAUACCCUCACUGGCAGCAAGGUCAGCCAGAUCCCAAUAAAGCAGCGGCUGAUGCUAAUGCAGCUGCAUGGGCAGCCUAUUAUUCUCAGUACCAACAGCAGCCCCAGGGCCCCAUGACACCAACUUCUGCAGCCCCUGGCACAACCCAAACCAACGGACAAGGUGACCCGCAAGCUCCAGGUCAAAGUGGACAGGCAGAUUACACCAAGGCCUGGGAGGAAUAUUACAAGAAAUUGGGUCAAGGUCAGCCUCAGCAGGACUACACAAAGGCAUGGGAAGAGUACUAUAAAAAACAAGGUCAAGCUGCGCCUCAGGCAGCUGCAGCGACGGCGUCUCAGCCAGGAGGUCAGCCAGAUUACAGUGCAGCGUGGGCAGAAUACUACCGCCAGCAGGCAGCGUACUAUGGCCAAGGUGCGCCUCAGGCGAUGGGAGCUGCACCCCAGGCUCAGCAGGGCCAGUAAUGUGAAGUGGACAUAAAGUAAAUGCUACAUUGUCAGAAAAAACCUUUGUUAAAUGUUUGGAUGCAGACGCCGUGAUGAAGAUCUUAAUUUCAUUGGUUUGAGUGUUUAAGCUAGAUCGCAGACCAGCUCUAAAGUCAAGUAUAAAUAUAUAUAUAUUUUUUCCUUUCUGUUUUGCCACUCUUGUAAAUGAACGGUUUGUUUUUAGUCGGGUAAUAUUGGUCAUUCCAGCUUCUGUAUAUCCUGUAUCUCAUGUAGUUUUGAGACUAAUUAAUAGUCAUUUUCUUGUAAAUCAUCUCCGUUCUAAAAUGAUAUGCCUGUUGUGUUUUGCAAUAAAACAAUGAAACCUCCUGUGUUGGUAAGUGGGGUGUAACAGUGGGGAAUGUUCUGUGAAAAUUUCAUUUCAUGUUUUGGGACCGGGUUGGGGGAGUGGUAUGCAAAUUUACAAAAAUGCUCUUUCCUUUUUAUUUAAUUUUUUUUUCAACUGUCUUUAUUGCCCUGAAUUUUUCUUUUGAUUCCUGGUUUGUUUAAAAACCUCGAUCAUUUGACAUUGCUUGUUUAACAAAUGGACAGCUCUGUUUUUAUUCUGCGUUUUGUUUUUUGACUGGUCAUUGCUGUGGAUGUAGGUGUAGGCAGGUUAUCUAAGGCAAGGUGGCUUGGUGUUGGCAAGGUAUGUGACUCAUGCAAUAACUCUUCAGUGCUGUAGUGUUGCUCAUUCUUGUACUGCAUUUUACCUGGUGUGUUGAGGUAGUUUGCACUGUUAAUGAGAGACAUUUCCUCCCUCACAGGCGAGAUUAGGAAGGUGGUAAGCAAGUAUGCGUCUUUACAUAAACUAUUGCUUUUUAUAUUGUGACUGCAAUCAUGUUGCAAGUAUUUUAGUUUGUUCUCCAAGUUUGCUGCUUUUUUACAGGGCAGGUCAAGUAUUCUGAUCAACAGUUAUGUCUUGCGAAAUUAUUUUUCCCACAUCCUAUAUUUUGUAUGUCUAAAAUCCAAAUAUCGUGUAUAUAUAUUUAUAUCAAUAAUGCUGCCAUUUUAAAAACAUUUUGAUACAAUUAAAAAUAGCUUGAGAAUGCAAACGUCGACUACUUUUUCUGCCCAUUGUCUGUUAGCAUUCCUCCAAUAUAGGCCUAUAGGUUUUUGGAGACUCUGGCCUCCUACACCAGUGAUAUGAGCUCUCCACUGUAAGUACAAAAUGUACAUGACUUAACGGGCCAAUUUGAUUUUUUUCCUCCUGUCAAUGCAUUCUUUGACUGAAUGAAACGCAAUGUAUUUAAAUCUCUAAAUGUUCAAAUGCCCUUUUUUGGGGUAAGUAUGUCAGGGGUGUAAUUUUGUUUUGACAUGUUUAAGAUAAUGACCUGACCCUUUUUCUCUUUGGAUAAUCUUUGGAUAAACUAAACAGCAUUGUGUGAUAUUUAAAAAUUGAGUCGUUGCUAUGUUGACACUGCUUUAGUCAUUUAGGUCUUCUCUCGGACUUAUAUGAAACUGCUAACUAUAUCACUGUUUUUUAAUCAGUCACUGUAGAAACAGCAUCUUUUUCCAUCUGCAAAUGUGUGGUUUAACAUUGAAUAGACCUGGAAAUUGUCUGUCUUGUGAUUUGUCAAGUAUUUAUACUGCAUAGCCCAUAACUACCAUCAACCAAUUGCCUCUUACAAAUACUGAUUAGUUUUAAUGUCCGGUUUCUGACCUGUUUGUGAUUUAAGGUCAUUGAGGCUGUAAAUUUGAUGCUAUGACGAUUUUUGGCUGUUCAUUAGUGAGCAGUGCAUUGUCUAAUCUUGCAGUGUCAUCUCUGACCUUGCACCUUAGGUUCUUCAGCAAUAACACAGGUAAGAGUAUCCUAAGAAAUCAAAACGAUUGAGCCUGUGAUCUAGUGUAAUGCCUUUCACCUUAAAAACCGAGGUCAAUAUGUGCCGCUGUUUUAAUGAAGGAUGUCUCUAAUAGGAGAUAAACUGACGUAUGCCACAAUCGUCAUAAUUUAGAUAUGUCGGAAGUAUGUUUAUUUAUUUUUUUUCCAUAUAAAUUGCAUGAGAUUGACCUGUAGUUAACAAAUGUUUUCCCUCUAUUGAGAUCUAACUAGGAUUAUCCUGUUUACUUUUUUACUAAUUGAAACCAAUUUGAUUUUGAUUUGAUUGCUUAAUUGUUAGCUUCUGGUAAGUCUUCAGUCUGGUCCUCUUCUACUGUUACACAAUGCAUGCAGAUGUGAAAUGAUCCAGAGUUAGCCCUAUGAAUGCAUUCACUGAUAACUGACGUAUACUUGUAUGUAUGCUCAUGUCAUUGGUUCAUUGGUUUGCAGCUUUCUUGUUGCCCCUCUGUAGUGCUAAUGUUUGUCCCACAUUGCUGCCUUCAUUCUCACUCACAGUGUUGAAGAUGCUGCAGGCGUAGUUCGUAGAAAUCAGGUCCUGAGCUAGUUUGUCCUUGAGGAAUCCUUUGAGUCUGUCCCUCCACUGAACGUAGACUGUUCAAAGGCUCCAAUUAUAAGGUAAAAAUAUCACAAGGAAUCUGUCAAUGUUACUGUUAGUUUAGGGUAAUGCCAGUUAGUUUUGAUUAUAUGUGGCAAUGUCUCUGUAUUAUUGGUUGUCUGAUGGUUCUAUGAAAUGUUUUUGAGUACAUGCUUUGCCUUUUAAGUGUAGUCAUCAGUGCUGUACAGGUGGAUCAUGACCAGGAACUUUUUUUUUUUCUUUUUUUCAAAAUACAUUUGCUAGACUGGUUUUUGUCAGUUAAACGAGAGUUGAUUUAAACAAAGUGUUUAUCUACUGCUGCAUAUCUAUUUGUAUGCAUGCAAGAUGUUUCCUUUUGAGCAAAUUGUUCACAACAGAAUUCGUGGGGGUCUUAAAACGAAGAGAAAAUCGGAGGCUAUCUGAGAAAUUUGGAGCAUGCCUUUGAGGUAAAACUAUCAUGAACUGUUAGUUGUUGAAUGUACUUUUUGAUGUUGGUCUGAAAUGUUGAAGAUUGUUGCCAUUGUCAUCAAUAAAAUUGUAAUCAC